CUCAUUCUCUGCCUCCUCUUAUCCCGGCGCACCCAAUCUCUCUCUCUUUUUUACCUUUUUCGCUCUCUUUCACUUCUCUUACUUCAAGCAUUCCUCCCUUUUCAUUGGUCGAUUCAUUAUUGACUUCAUUCUUCGUCAAGUUGUUCGAGCGCCAGCGUCGCUCUACAGAUUAGAUCGCUAUCUCGCUGCGUCCAGAACCCGUUUACCCUCACCCAUCGCUUCCCGAUAUAGUACUGUCUGUCGGUUUACUAGAACCAUGAGCUCUUCAGAUGAUGAUACCCCACUCGUCAAAAUGAACGGUAGAUCCUCUGGUGGUCAAUCGGACGUGAAGGUGAACGGCGCAGCGGACACCAACGGUCACGUCGAUCCCGGUGUCUCUAUCAGAUUUGGGCCGGUGCAGAAAGAUGAGGACGUUGAAAUGAAUGAUGCGAACGGCGCCAGUGCGAGCAAGAGGAAGGCGCGAUCAAGUGCCAAUCAGGCGCAAUCAUACGCGGAGCCCGAAAGCAGUGAGGAGGACGAACCUCUGAGCAAGCGUCGACGCACUUCGGUGAAACACGAGGAUCCGGAGACUGACGACGAUGUACCACUUGCACUUAAUGGGCGGAAGCUUCCCAAGGCUUCGGAAACAGCAAUCGGCGAAGAAUCCGACUCUGAUGUUCCAAUUGAAAGGAAAUUAGCUGCCGAAAAAAAGAAAAUUCAAGUCAAGGGAGAAAAGGACGCGGAUCCAUCUGCACAGGCCACCAAGUCAGCGGCUUCUGGAAAAAAGCAAGCGAAUGGAGUGAAGAAAGAACCUGCCUCUGCUAAGCAAACCCUGAAGCAAGUAAAGGCCGAGCCAAAGUCAGCGCAGUCAACCCCAGCAAAGAAGAACGCGAAGGCUACGGCAUUGAAGAAGGAGGAAAGCGAAGAAGCUGAAGAGCCAGAGGAAGAAGAAUACAGGUGGUGGGAGGAUCCAACCAAGGGCGAUGGAACAAUCAAAUGGACCACUCUUGAGCACAACGGCGUAGUUUUCCCGCCCCCGUAUGAACCGCUUCCCAAACACGUCAAAAUGAAAUAUGACGGCAUUCCUGUCGACCUUCACCCUGAAGCAGAAGAAGUGGCCGGCUUUUUUGGCAGUAUGUUAAACUCGACUCAGCAUACUGAAAACCCCACGUUUCAGAAGAACUUCUUUGCAGAUUUUAAGGAAAUCCUCAAAAAGACUGGUGGCGCGAAAGAUCAGAAGGGUAACAAGGUCGAUAUCAAGGAGUUCUCGAAAUGCGAUUUCCAGCCAAUCUUCCAAUACUACGAUGCACAACGUCAGGAGAAAAAGGCGCUGCCACCCGCUGAGAAGAAACGUCUGAAGGCCGAGAAGGAUGCACAGGAGGCUCCCUACAUGUACUGCAUGUGGGAUGGUCGCAAACAAAAAGUCGGCAACUUCCGAGUCGAGCCUCCUUCCCUUUUCCGCGGUCGUGGUGAGCACCCUAAGACAGGUCGCGUAAAGGCUCGAGUUCAGCCCGAGCAGAUCACCAUAAACAUCGGCAAAGAGGCGCGCGUUCCCCCUCCACCCGAAGGCCACAAGUGGAAAGAGGUGAAGCAUGACCAGGAAGGCACCUGGCUAGCCAUGUGGCAGGAGAACAUCAAUGGCAAUUACAAAUACGUCAUGCUUGCGGCUAAUUCCGACGUUAAGGGUCAGAGUGACUACAAGAAAUUUGAGAAAGCCCGCGAACUCAAGAAACAUAUUGCUCGGAUUCGCAAGGAUUAUCAGAAGAAUCUAAAGCACGAGUUGAUGGUAGAGCGACAAAAGGCCACCGCCGUUUACCUUAUUGACCAGUUUGCUCUUCGUGCUGGCAAUGAGAAGGGCGAAGAUGAGGCUGAAACGGUCGGCUGCUGCUCUUUGAAAUAUGAGAAUGUCACGCUCAAACCUCCGAACAAGGUGAUAUUCGAUUUUCUCGGUAAGGACAGCAUUAGGUUUUACGACGAGGUCGAAGUCGAUCCCCAAGUCUUCAAAAACCUGAAAAUCUUCAAGAAGCCUCCCAAGAAGGAAGGUGACGAGAUUUUUGAUCGGUUAACAACAUCUGCGCUAAAUAAACAUCUCUCCCAAUAUAUGCCAGGCUUAACCGCCAAGGUGUUCCGUACCUACAACGCUUCUCACACAAUGUCCGAACUCCUCAAGUCAAUGCAUGCUACCGGUAACAAUGCAGAAAAGGUUAAGGCAUAUAACGACGCGAACCGAAAGGUUGCCAUUCUAUGUAAUCACAAGCGCACAGUUGGCGCAGCUCACGCGCACCAAAUGGAGAAGAUGAGCGAGCGAAUCAAGGGGCAGCGGUACCAGAAAUGGCGUCUUAAGCAGAUGAUGCUCGACCUCGAUCCGUCCUUAAAGAAAAAGAAGGGUGCCCAGUUCUUUGAAUUGGAUGAAGACAUCGAUAAGGAGUGGAUUAAGGAACACCAGGCUUUCUUGAUUGAGGAGCAAGCACAGAAGAUCAAGAAAAAGUUCGAAAAGGAUAACGAAAAACUUUUGGCAGAAGGUGAGAAAGAGAUGAAGGCGAGUGAGCUCGAAACCCGGUUGGAGGCUGUCAAGGAAUUAGAGAAAAAAUUCAACAAGGAGAACAAGACUGGCAAAGUAGAAGCUGAAGGCCGAAGCCCAACCGUCGAGAAACUGGAGGCAUCCAUUACUAAACUCCAGCAGCGUAUCGAGAACAUGGAGCUCCAGGCCCAAGACAAGGAAGAUAAUAAGGAAGUGGCCCUUGGUACCUCAAAGAUUAAUUAUAUCGAUCCUAGACUCACGGUCGUCUUCAGCAAGAAGUUCAAAGUCCCAAUAGAAAAGUUCUUCUCAAAGUCUCUGCGGGAGAAGUUUGAGUGGGCCAUUAAGUCCGUCGAUGAGAACUGGGAGUUUUGAUGAACUGCAUUUGGCUUUUCCUGAUUAUUGAUUUACCUCUGCUGCCGUUACUUCUCUUGUUGAAUCCUCACGCAUAUCCAAGCAACGCUGCCUUUGUUGGUUCUCCAA